UCAAAACGGUGGCUCGACACAACACAACAACUACAACAAUGGUGUAAGCACUUUUCUGCUGCCUGGUUGCGAGCCCGAACACAAUUUCGAUCGCGGAUGUUGAGGCAGCAACAUUGAAACGGUGCGCGCAAUACAGUGAACGUGCGGAGGGUUGUGUUCCGCUUUCCCUCCCACCCCUCCCGGAACGUGAGGACAGCUUGGGGGCAGCCGUGUUUUUGGGGAACCGUGUCGGGAACGGUGUGCCACAGCACCAAGCACGAUGCAACACCAGUCCUUGUUCGCUGUACCCGCUGUACGCUCUGCUCCGGUGCUUCGGCGAAUCGCGACAGGUGCCACCAGCCUGCAUUAGUGCUAAAUUAAUAAUGUCCGCGGCUAGUCGGGUGACGCGCGAAAUUGCUUCCAACAAAGCGGCCAAGAGUGUACGGUGGUUGUGCGGGCGGUGCCGUUCUAGCUUCUAGCAUGCACACCGAGUGCCGUGUGUAUUUCCCGUUCCUGAAUCAAGCGCAUCAAAAAGAAACGGGUGGCGAGGGUGACGAAAUAUAUAAAAAAAACCCAGUGUGCAGUGCAAGCCGCGAGCGGUCACUUUCUCCGUCGAUUAUAAACGGGCGACGGAACGGAAGUGAUUAAAAGUUAGUCAUACAGUGCGCCUCCGGUCGAUCGACAACAAUCCCCGUGUGCGCCCCGGUGUGUGUGUGUGUGUGUGUGGGUUUGCGUGUGAAAUUAAAAACAAAAGCAGAAUUAAUUGCAGCCAGCCCCGUUGUCCCUAACAACCGUUGUGCAAGGGGCCCCAACUCCCCGCAGAACCUGUGGCCGUGCAGCAUCGGCAAACAAUCGGAAAGGUCAAGGCAAAUCGAAGCACGCGCCGCGUUUUGUGCCGAUUGCUACAUUCCGCUGCAACAGGGAGGCAGCAACAUACACACACACACAUAAACAAAGAAAGGACACCCGAGCCCGAGCCUCCCCCUGUUCCGGUCGGCACGAUGGAUUUCGUCAACUUGCUCCUGUUCUGCCUGAUGUCGUGCGUGAUCGGGGCGGUGGUAAUGCUGCUGAUCCAGUACUAUGCCUUCGUGCGAUACUUCCGCCUGCCGGAACUGCACCAGGAGGAGGAAAAUCAGCGCAAAUCGGCCUUCAGCGAACGCUACGUACUGCCCGAUACGCUGCUGGAGAACAUAAAGGCACCGGAUCAGGAAAGCAAAUCCACGAUAAUGGCCAUCAAUCUGAUACUGCAGUUUCUGUACUUUGAGCUGCGGCAGUCGAACCGCGUGCGCAAGUGGUUCCACCGGAAGCUGUCGCUCGAGCUGGACGAGCUGAUAAGCAAGACGACCACGGGCAAGCUGUUUGAUAAGCUGACGAUUCGCGAUCUGGAUUUGGGCAGCCAGUUUCCGGAGAUAAAAAACUUUCGCCUGCACGCGGUCGACCUGCACCCGGACGAGGGACACAUCGAAAGCUUGGAUGUGCUGCUGGAUCUGCACUACGAGGGCAACUUUCGGCUCACGAUCGACGCCGACAUGGUGCUGGGGAAGAAGGGUUCGCUGGCGCUGCGGGUGAAGCAGGUGUCCGGGUUGGCCCGGUUGCAGUUCACCCGCAAACCGUACACGCACUGGUCGCUUAGCUUCAUCAACGACCCGAAGGUGGAGCUGGACGUGCAGUCCCACUUCCAGGGCCGGCAGAUGCAGUCCAACAUUACCAGCCUGAUCUCGAACCAGAUACGGAAGGCGAUCCGCCGGAAGCACACGCUUCCCAACUAUAAGCUAAGAUACAAACCAUUCUUCCACCGUGUGGAGGAGGACUACGAACUGAACGAGAUCGUGCCGAACGGUUCGCUCGAGGUGACGAUAGCGGAAAUUUCCCGCCUGAAUGCGCCGAUCCGCACGCUGACGCACGUGUACUGCACGCUGACGCUCGCCCACAUGCCCUGGGUGGUGGCCCGCCAGCAGGACGACCAGGGCGCGACGAUGAUCGUGUCGCUCGACAUCGAGAUACACAAGGCCAAAAACCAGCAGAUCGGCAUCGUGUUCAAGCAGUCCGACCAGACCGUGCUGAUCGAUGCGGUGAUACCGAACACGCCGGCCUCAAAGGCGGAGCUGCGCCGCGGCGACGUGCUGCUCUCGAUCCAGGGCAAACGGGUGACGAACAUUAGCCAGGUGCCGAAGGUGAUUAAGACGCUGAACCGGCCCAUGUUUGUGCUGCGCAUCGAGCGGCUCGUCCCGGGGCAGAUCAGGAACGAUGCGCUGCUGGACGACUACGAGCCGGAGUUUGAGGAGAUCGAUCCGAACCUGAACAUUACGUUCGUGAAGAACGUGGAAGCGGUACAGAUCGGUGGCGGUACGGCGGUGCUGCGCGAGCGUAAGCUUGCCCGCCGCAACUCGAAGGACAACAGUGGCGGGGAGUCGAGCCACUCGAACACACCGGGCACGACGCCGGUGAAAAAGUCGUCCACCAUUGUGGUCGGGGGUGCGGAAACGUCGACGCCGCGGGGCAGCUUUUCGGAGCCGGCGGCUGCCGGUGGACCGAAGCCGAAGGCGCUGAACGUCGAAUGCUACCCGCAACACUCGUCGAUCGAUGCGGAAUUCAAUUCGUUCAUCCGGCUGGACGACCCGUGCACGUUCCAGCUGAUGGAAAAGUAUUCCUACCUGAACCUGAGCGUGUUCGGCAAGAGCAACGAGGAGCACCGGCUGCUGGGCUAUCUCAACAUCCCGAUCAACAGUAUACUGGUGGAGUGUAACGAAUCUCAUCUGGGGCACCAUCUGAAGAAGUAUCCACUGCUGCCACCGGAAGCGAUCGAUGUCUCCAAUCACCCACUCUCGAUGCAGUCCGGAUUUGAUCAAAACUACUGCUACGGCGAUGUGCUGCUGUCGUUCGUUUGGGACGGCAGUGCGCUGGCCUCCCUGUCGUCGCCCACCGCCGCCACCAGCAAAGCAAUCAGUGCGGAAAACAAGAAGCAGCGGCUCAUCACGAUCAGCCGCGGGUCGGCCGACAAGCUGGACGACGAUCGGACCGAUGGCCUGCCGCUGGAUGCCAAACCGUCCGCUUCGUCCACCUUCACGCAGCUGCCGGCGCAGCAGCAGCAGCAGCACGACUUUAUCCGUACACACUUUCACCGCACCACGCAGUGCGACUACUGUGGCAAGAAAAUUUGGCUCAAGGAUGCGGUCCAGUGCCGCGACUGUGCGAUGUGCUGCCACAAAAAGUGUAUCAACAAGUGUCAAAGCUCGACCGUGUGCACCGCGAACGAGUCGUCCGCGGGAACAGCAUCCGACCGUUCGUCCACCACCUCAUCCACAUCGACCGGCAUUAUAAUGGCGGCCGGAGCAGCGGCAUCCAUGGCAUCCACAGCGGCGGCAACCGUUGGCACCAACCAGCAGCCAGAAUUUAAGGUGACCGAGCCCGAAUCGCCCACGAUAGAGGUGGAAGACUUCGUGGACAUUGCCGAAGAGCAGCAGCAGCAGCAACUGCAGCAGCAACAACAGCAGCAACAGCAGCAGCAGCAACAGCAACAGCAGCAGCAGCAACAACAGAUUGUGCCGAAAUCAAAGCUCGAAACACAUCGUCAAAGCUUCAGCGAUCUGCUCGUGCAGGGGCUGAAGCGCGUCAACUCGGCCAACAACCUUUCCAUACCGACGAUGGGUGGGCUGAACCCGAGCAGCAAAAGCUUACCCCCCACGCCACAGCACACGCCCCGCAAGCAGUCGCUGGCGAACGUGAACGCCAACCCGUUCCUGCUGGUGACGCAGCGGCUCGAAAGCCUGCCGGAGGACGUGAACGAGCUGAACAUGGAGCAGAUUGUCGAUCUGACGGCGCCACUGAUCGAGUACGGCCCGUCCGAUACGCUGAUGGCGCUGGCCAAGAGCAGCAGCAAAGCGAUGUACGGCGACUGUGAGCCGGACGUGCGGACGGAGAAAAUUAACAAGCUGCUUUCCAAACUGCACAUAGCGCUGGACUACGAAACCAUCAACCAGUCCGUGCUAAACGCGACCAAGGAGAGUAGUAGUAGUAGUAGUGGUAGUGGCGCAGGUGCUAACAGUAAAGAAAUUGCCGAUGGCAAAGGCAAGACGCCGACCCAGCAGCAGCAGCAGCAGCAGCACGACAGCACCAGAUCGGCCUUCCUGGCGGGCCAGUCGGAGGAGCGGGUGCAGGCGCUCAGCAUCAUCAUGCUGCACCUCUGCUCGGGCCUGCAGUACGUCCAGGGUAAUCUAGGCCAAUGAGAAUAGCAUUUGCUUCGGCAGUACUCGCUGGGCUCGUCAAUGCUAGAACCCACCAUCACCGCUAGCAGCAGUACUACCACCAGCAGGCUGCCGAUGCAACGGCAACGCUCACAGCAGCAGUACGAUGGCCCACCGUCGGACAGCCAAUCCGGCAGCAGCACGGGUGGUAGUAUCGCCGGUAGCGGUGGUGGCGUCGGUGGUAGAAAGAGUCCCUUCCGCUCGCGUCGCCUUUCCGUGUGUCGCAAACGGGCGCUGGGCAUAUUCCAGCGCUCCGCUAGUGUUAGCGCUUCGGCAAACGCUACCCCGUCCGGCUACAAAUCGGAGAGCGCUAACUGAGUCGUUUAAGCUUCGCCAGGUCAUCCGUCAACGCAAGUACAGAAAACCGCCUUUGUUUUGUUGGUACACACCGCCCGCUUGUCCAUGCCAUGCGCCCCAGCACACAUCCGGUCGCAUGGAUUAACAAAUCUGGUGGCUUUAGAUGGAACUUAUACACCGUGCAUUCCCUUGCGUUACUAUACAGCCAGCUAAUGCUAAUCAAAAUGUGUGUUGUGAACCGAUUCUUUCAACCCGUCUCGAUGUGUAGCAGUAGAUACAAGUGUUUGCCAAUUUCGGCACGACAUUGCUCUCUCCCUCUCUCUCUCUCUCUCUCUAGUGCUAACUACAUCAACAUGUUGUCAUUUUAAAAACGCUUAACACCAAUACAUGCUGCUUGCCGCUGGCAAGUAAGCUUCAUUUCGUCUCCCAAUUUUACACUAAAAAUCAUCAACGACAUACUCGUAUCACUACUAGAAAGGUCAAUCAAUGUAACGCUCCUUUAACCCUGCUCUUGUGUGGCAAAAACAACCUCCCUUUAACAAAAACCCACCCCGAAUGCAAUCAAACUCCCGUUUUGCACACACUCCCUGAAAUGGAAUUGAACACACGUUGCAAAACUUUUUACAAAAUGUCUUUUUGUGCGUAAUGUGUUCCCCACCCCCUUCGCGUAUCUUCCGGACUAACAAUCAACCAACCCCCCGCGAAACAAUCAAGGCGAAACGCUACUGACACUGGCGACGUGGGAGGCAGAGUUGCUGCAGAAGCUGAAAACGGUGGUCGGCAAAGCGGCCAGGCACGACCGGCCUCCUUUCUGGCGCAGGAAAUUGAAAUUGAAAUGAAAGGCUGUACACACACACGCUCCUUCUUCGACUAGCGUAUAGGUUUAGUGGGAGGGUGUGAGGGGAGUGUAGGGAAAACAGGAUAAAAAGGAAAUUAGGAUUAGUUUUAUCUUUGUGUAAGUAAAUAAUUGAGCUGUUUUCUUCGGUGAUAUAUGUAACUAGGCUUAAAAGGGCAGGGCAUUUUGCGGUGCGCAUUCAUUGGCUUGCGUCACUGCCUGCCAGUGAUUUGCUCUUAUUUAUUUAUUAUCUACUCUAUUUUGCUUUCUUUGUUAAUAUCGAGCUGUAACAGUGAGCUGUUUGUUAGUGAGUAGUGAGUGUUGAUUGCAUUUAAUUUAAUUACGUUAAGCGAUAACGAUAACCAGCUGACCACGGUGACAAUUGGACGUGUAAUUUGGAACUUGUGCAGUAGCAGCGAUACAAAAGCUCUUACCUACCGUACUUUUUUGUCGUUUUCAAUGUGAUUUUGUGCGUACUGUGUUGUUUAAAAGGGAAAACAAGAACAAAUCUCACCCGAUCUUCAAGAACAAAAUUAAACAAAAAAAAAAAAAAGAAAUUGUUUGCAAACCCCGUAAAAAAAGGCCAAAAAACCAAUUUUGCAACCAAUUUAGACUGUAGUAGUGUUUUGCACACAUUGACUAGAGUAUAGAAUGGAGGAAAGGAAAUAUAAAUUGCACGAAAGAUCAGGAGCUUCAGUUUGUUCCUGAUCCUGUGUGUGUGCGUGUGUGCGCGGGAUCAUACGACUUCAAAUAGAUCAAAGUGUAACUCAACAAGACUAAUCGUUAUGACAAGUAUAGUGCUCUGUUUUUUACUCUCUCUCUCUUUCUCUUUUCACUGUUUGGUAAUUGCAAUGUUUUCAAAGAAUCACAACACACUUGUCGCUUCUCUAUAGACCUGCAAAGCGUGCAAUUAGCAAUCUGUUUCCCUUGCGCAAAUAUUGAAUAUCUCUCCCUUACCUCCCCGUAACGCAGCUGAGCCGAGUGAUAUCAGUAGAGCAGGAGCGCAAGUAGUAACGUUUAAACAAACCACACAACAAGCUAAUUAAAAUAGUAAAACGAAAAUGCAAUACAACACCACCCCGUCUGUGGUGUGUUUUGCUCAGGCGUGGGUUUUUGCUGGUGGAAGACAACAAAACCUAAUAGUUCUCAUCACAACACAUACAGUUUUAAAAAUCAUCCCAAACAGCACUAUGUCGUGAUAGUUCGUGACACAGCAGAGUAGAGCAUCUGUGGAGGGCAUCAUCUUAAAGGGUUGCUGAUCGUGCACUCCUAGUGUUUAAUAUUUAGCAGCUGUUACCAGAGUUUUGGGUUCCGGGUUUAGAAAACGGCACACACACACACACGAUCGCACACGAUCACACACGAUCACACUCGAUAUUGUAAUAAUCUAAUUGUUAACAGUUGUUUUAGAAACGACCCACAAACACUCACAGCAGCAUGGAAGGAGUGAACAUACUAUUGCAAGAGUACACUUUUUAGCACUCUACUACGAUAUAUAAUAACUAGAACACAUCACACUUAUGAAUUGAUCGUUUUGCCCCAGCACACGCGAGGUUUGGGUGUAUCUGUACUGUUUAUUUAUUUAUUGCCGAGAGAAAGCGCAAAUAAUCGAUAGAAGGUUGCGGUGCGCUUGCCACUGAUGAGCCACUGAUCGGUUGUGUCUGACGUGCUGGAUUGUGCGUACGAUCGAUUUUCGUUUUGGUAUGUCUUUUGCUGUGGGCUCCAGGGCUACCUCGAGUGCGCUGACUGGACAUUGAGGGACUACUGGACACAACCAAAAGCAACCAAACAAGACAAGUAUAGCAACAUUACAAACCGGCGCAUUAGGAAAAUUUGAAAAUAAAAAAAGCAAAAUACUUAUACAAAAA